AAACACGGCGAGGACAAAGCAAGAUGGCGUCUGACGGUGAAGACGUUAUUGCAGUCGUCACAGUUCAGUGUUCUUAAUCUGUGCCUCCAUGUACACAUAUAUGUCCUUUAUUAGACUCUAGUAAAUAGAGUAAACAUCGUUAAUAACUGUUUGCAUCCGGUUAUAUUAGUCUGAGCGCACUUUGAUGCUUCUCGAGCUAGCUUAGCCUGCUAGUUAGCUUAGCUUGUUAGCUGCUAACAAAGAGAGGCGGAAGUGAUCAAAACACAUCGCUAAGUAGAGAUCAAGUGUGAGUGUAAAGUGUUGUGAUUGUGUGAAAAUGUGCCAAAGAACCACAGCAGAGUACGAGGAGGAACUUUGUCCAACAAAAGAGGAGAAGGAGCGACAACAUGAAAAACAUCAAGUUGUGUUACACAGAACAGACAUCCAUCAGCCGAUUGAACACCAAGAAGAAUGUCUCCCUCAUCUGCAGGGGGACAGUUUCACUGUAAAGUAUCCACAGCCCUCACAUUUUAAAGGGAACAAGGAGGAUCCACAGCCCUUUUAUUUUAAAGAGGAAGAGGGGGGAGAGUGUCCUGUAGGGCAGGAGGAGGCUGAUGUCAGCAAGUUUCCACUGACUGUUGUCUCUGUGAAGACUGAAGAGCAUGAAGACAAACCACCUGAGUCCUCACAGCUUCAUCACAGUCCAAACGUUGAAGAAGAACCUCUACCCCAUGAGCAGGAGGAGGAACCACAGUCACCCCACAUACACAAGGAAGAAGAGGUACCACAUUACCAACACAUUAAAGAGGGAAGAGAGGAGGCACAUCCCCCCCACAUUAAAGAGGAAGGCGAGACGCCACAGACCCAUAAUGUUAAACUGACCCUUCACAUUAAAGGGCAAGCGGAGGACCCACUGAACUUACACAGCAAAAAUGCAGAAGAGGGCCCACUGACCUCUCACAUUAAAAAGGAAGAGGAGGACCUAUUGACCCCCUGCUUUAAAGAGGAAGAGGAGGUCCAAGAGCCGCCGCACAUUAGAGAGGAAGAGGAGGAAGAGGGCAUCAGUCAGCCUAAAUGGUUGGAGGAGUUCCCAGUGACUGGUGUCCCUGUGAAGAGUGAAGAUGAUGAGGUGAAAGGUGAAAGUGAGGAGAGGGGAGGGGGGGAGCCUCCAAGCAGCAGCUCAACACAACACAUGACAACAGAAGCUGAUGGAGACCACUGUGGAGGAUCACAAGCAGACAAGCUCUUAGCUCCACUAUCAGAUAGUGAGGACACAACGUCACACUCUCCUGACACUGAUGAUGAAGACUCUAAAGAUGAUAAGACAUGUCACACUGACAACACUCACUUCACAUCUUCUCUCUGUGAGAAAACAUUUCGUUACCGUUCUUAUCUGAAAAGACACAUGAGAACACACACUGGAGAAAAACCUUUUUCUUGUUCAAUCUGUGGUAAAGGUUUUACACAAAGUCAAAAUGUGAAAGUACACAUGAGAACACACACUGGUGAAAAACCUUUUUCUUGCUCAGAAUGUGGUAAAGGUUUUGUUCUCAGUAAACAUUUGAAAGUACACAUGAGAACACACACUGGUGAAAAACAUUUUAUCUGUUCAAUCUGUGGUAAAGGUUUUGCACAAAAUCAACAUAUGAAAAGACAUAUGAGAACACACACUGGUGAAAAACCUUUUUCCUGUUCAACCUGUGGUAAAAGUUUUACAAGAAGUACAGAUGUGAAAGGACACACUAGAACACACACUGUUGAAAAAUCACUUUCCUGUUCAAUCUGCGACAGAAGUUUUGGUCAACGAUCAGCACUUGUAGCACACAUGAGAAGACACCCAUGAGAGAAAGUGUUGAGUUGCAGUGUGUGUGGUGAAAGAUUGUCUUCUAAGUACCAGUGUAAGAAACACAAGUGUGCUGGUGAGAACAGCAGCAGCAAAUGAAACUGCAGGAUUUGAAAUAAACUGUCCAGACUUUCAUUUUGACUUUCUAACAACAUCAGCACAUAUAACAUGUGUGACAUUGUUGUUUGUCUAACAAUCUGUUUAAUAUGCUUCUACAUGUACAGAUUAGAUAUAUUUGUAUUAAUGCUUUUUUCAGUCAAGUACAUGCAUUAAUCUGCAACUUUGUGUUCUUUUUUUAAACAUUGGACAGAACAAUUUGACUGAAAAGUUGAAAGUAAACAGUACAGGGCAUAUUUGACAUACAUUAAAAAAUGU